AUGGCAAUACAUGGUCUUGUUCGUGACACAGAAUCUAUGGAAUAUUUCCCACAGCCUUCGAUCCCUGACUCCUCAUGUAAAAUACAAUAUGAUGGAUACAUGGAAGGAGAAGAUGAGUCAGAUGAGGUGCAUGAUCACAUAAUCGGUGCCCUUAGAGAAUCUUUAGAGGAAUUUGAUAUCAAAGCUAAAGAUUUUUUCAAGAAAAUUGUUUCCAACGGGGACUUGGAAAUUCCGUUAGGAAGGCUUGCAAGAGAAGCCAUAGGAGAAUCCCAAGCGAAGCAUCUUCUGGAAAAGAUUACAAAAAAAGUGGGAAAGAAGAUGAAAGCUCGAAAUCAUGAUGAUUUUGUGGUUGGGGAAAGAGGGGCGAGUAUUGAUGAAGAGUUGAAUCAGAAACUUGAGCGUUUUAAAGUCAAGACUGUAAAUAUUGGAGGGGACGCUGUCAAAGAAGAUAAAAAAUGA